UCUGUUGAAUACUGACGGCCAAGGUGAACCCUAGGGCGUUGUUAUCUUGAGUAAGUGUCAUUGUCCUUUGGUCUCUUCCCAGGUCCGCUCUGGUCUGCAUGCCCAGAGGGCUAUGAUGGGAACGUGUGUGACCACUCGGAUGGUUCCCCUGACUCACUGCCUCUGCCCGGAAGCUCAUCUUUCAGAAGUCAGGAAACUGCUUCCCAUGGUGGUGGACCCCCAGGGACAAAACGCUGUGUAGAUGGAAAUGGACAGAAGCAGCUCAGGAUCUAGUCCAGGGAUGCCCUUGGUGGAACCUGGUGUCCUGGGGUGAUCUCUGCAGGUGGUGGACGCAUGGCUGAUUCCUGAGCAAGGAUGCUUCGCCGGGGACUCCUCGCCUGGGUCUCCCGGGUGGGCGUCCUGCUCGUGCUCCUCUGUUGCGCUGUCUCCGUCCUCUACAUGCUGGCCUGCACCCCGAGAGGUGACAGUGAGCGGCGGGGGCUGCCCGGGGCCAGCGGCCCCACCGGACGGGCCGGGUACCAGGCGGCACUGCAGGAGUGGGAGGAGCAGCACCGGGGCUACGUGGGCAGCCUGCAGAGGCAGAUCGCACAGCUCAAGGAGGAGCUGCAGGAGCGGAGCGCGCAGCUCAGGACUGCACAGCACUUGGCGGGCGACCCCGCGGGCUCCCCCGAGAGGGCCCAGGCCGACCUGCUGGCUUUCCUGCGCUCCCAGGUGGACAGGGCAGAGGUGCAUGCCGGCGUCAAGCAGGCCACCGAGUACGCCGCGGUGCCCUUCGACAGCUUCACCCUGCAGAAGGUGUACCAGCUGGAGACGGGCCUGACCCGACACCCCGAGGAGAAGCCGGUGCGGAAGGACAAGCGGGACGAGCUGGUGGAGGCCAUCCAGUCGGCCGUGGAGGCCCUAAACAGCCCGGCCGAGAGCAGCCCCGACCAGCGUCCUUACACGGCCUCGGACUUCAUCGAAGGGAUCUACCGCACAGAAAGGGAUAAAGGCACUUUGUACGAGCUCACGUUCAGAGGGGACCACAAGCACCAGUUCAGACGCCUCGUCUUGUUCCGACCGUUUGGCCCCAUCAUGAAAGUGAAGAAAGAGGAGCUGAACAUGGGCAGCACGCUGGUCAAUAUUAUCGUGCCCCUGGCCAGGAGGGUGGACAAGUUCCGGCAGUUCAUGCAGAAUUUCAGGGAGAUGUGCAUCCAGCAGGAUGGGAGAGUUCAUCUCACUGUUGUUUACUUUGGAAAAGAAGAAAUGAAUGAGGUCAAAGGAAUACUCGAAAACACCUCCAGGUAAGUCCAACUGGGAGCCA